AUGCCAAGCCCAAAUUAUACAGAUGUGACUGAAUUCAUCCUUAUGGGUCUAACUAGUCGCCAAGAACUUCAGAUCCUGUUUUUUGUGGUAUUCUUAAUUGUAUAUGUUAUCACUCUGGUGGGGAAUCUUGGAAUGAUCAUGCUAAUCAGUGUCAGUCCCCAGCUCCAGAGUCCCAUGUACUUCUUUCUCAGUCAUUUAUCUUUUGUGGAUGUAUGGUUUUCCUCUAAUGUCACCCCAAAGUUGUUGGAAAACUUAUUAUCCAAGACCAAAACCAUUUCCUAUAUUGGGUGUUUAAUACAAUGUUUCUUUUUCAUUGCUCUUGUCCAUGUAGAGGUGUACAUCCUGGCUGUGAUGGCCUUUGAUCGAUUUAUGGCCAUCUGCAAACCCCUGCUUUAUGGGAGCAAAAUGUCAAGGACAGUUUGUAUUUGGUUAAUCUCAGUACCUUAUAUUUAUGGCUUUUUCAUAAGCCUCAUUUCUACCCUAUGGACUUAUGGUUUGUAUUUCUGUGGAAACUUUGAAGUCAACCACUUCUAUUGUGCAGAUCCUCCACUCAUCAAGAUAGCCUGUGGUGGUAUCCACAUCAAGGAAUAUACCAUGAUUGUCAUAGCAGGAAUUAAUUUCACAUAUUCGCUCUCUGUGGUGCUGAUCUCUUAUACAUUUAUUGUCAUAGCCAUCCUGCGCAUGCGCUCUGCAGAAGGGAGAAAGAAGGCUUUCUCCACCUGUGGCUCUCACCUCACAGCUGUUACUAUGUUUUAUGGAACACUCAUUUUCAUGUAUCUCAGGCGCCCCACAGAAGAGUCUGUAGAACAGGGGAAAAUGGUGGCUGUGUUUUAUACCACAAUCAUUCCUAUGUUGAACCCCAUGAUCUAUAGUCUGAGGAAUAAGGAUGUAAAAGAGGCAACGAACAAAGCUAUUAAUAGAUCUUGUUUUGUGAAAUAA